UUUCACCUCUCUUCUUCUUCUCCCCUCCCCUCUCCUCUUCCCCCUCUCACCAGAAAAAUUAAAGAUAAUUCUUAAUUCCUUUUUUAUUUAUUUUAUUUUAUUUUUUCCACACACUAACCAAACACACAUUUAUCAAAAAAAACGAGAACGAUAAACUUGCCUUUACAGAGGAGAGAGAAAAUUCAUAGUGUUCUCGUGCUACGACUUAUUUGUAGGACGAACACGAGGAAUAUUCAAUUCAGCCAAUUCUAGGGUUUUGCGCUUCCAAUUGGAGUUGCUGAUUGAGGAAUUUUGAGGAGAGAGAGGGAGAGAGAAUUUGGGGAUUUACAAAUGGCGACGCCAUUAACGGGGCUUGGACACAGAGAUGGAGGUGGAGUUGCUAUAAUGGCAGGUCCUGUUAAUGCGGUAGAUCCUUCACCUCCGAGUUCGUCAUCAUCGAAAGUUUCUUUGAAGAAUUCAGCUCAGAAUUCUCCGAUUUUGAUAUUUUUGUUCUUCCAUAAGGCUAUUAAAGCCGAGCUCGAAGGUCUUCAUCGUGCUGCGAUUGAUUUCGCUACCAAUCAAGGAAGCGACAUUAAGCCGUUGUUAGAGCGUUAUCACUUUCUUCGCUGCAUUUACAAGCAUCAUUGUAAUGCUGAGGAUGAGGUCAUCUUCCCAGCUCUUGAUAUUCGCGUGAAAAAUGUAGCUAGAACUUACUCUCUAGAGCAUGAAGGUGAAAGUGUUCUUUUUGAUGAAUUGUUUGAGCUGUUAAAUACAACAGUUAGAGAUGAGGAAGCCUACCGAAGAGAACUAGCUUCUCGUACAGGGGCCCUCCAAACGUCGAUUAGCCAGCACAUGUGUAAGGAAGAAGAGCAGGUGUUUCCUUUGCUCAUUGAGAAGUUCUCUUUCGAGGAACAGGCAUCACUGGUUUGGCGGUUCCUGUGCUCUAUACCUGUUAAUAUGAUGGUAGAGUUUCUCCCUUGGCUUUCUUCUUCCGUCUCCUCUGACGAGAGUCAGGAUAUGCGGAAAUGCCUUCGCAAAUUCAUACCAAAUGAGGUUCUUCUUCAUGAGGUAAUUUUUACCUGGAUGGACGGACCUAAAUUGGAUAAAUUUCGUACAAGCUGUGGUUCCACGUUGCAAAGUAGCAUAGAUUCUGCAGCAUGUGCUUCAGUGGGUCAAACCAAAGGGGUAUCUUGUGCUUGUGAAUCCUCACAGACUGGCAAACGAAAACGCGUCAAAUUGAGUAGCUCCACUGCAGAUUCAGAUCUGAGUUUCCCAAUAGAUGAGAUAUUACUGUGGCAUAAGGCGAUCAACCAAGAACUAGGUGAAAUAGCAGAAGCUGCUAGAAGAAUGCAGCUAAAUGAUGAAUUUACUGAUUUGUCUGCAUUCAAUGAGAGGCUACACUUUGUCACUGAAGUUUGUAUAUUUCACAGCAUUGCUGAGGAUAAGGUUAUAUUCCCUGCUGUAGACGCAGAGCUGUCCUUUGCGCAGGAGCAUGCUGAGGAAGAAAGCAAAUUAGAGAAAAUCAGAUGCUUGAUUGAGAACAUACAACUGGCUAAUGCAGAAUCAUCUUUAGAUGAUCUCUACUCAAGACUAAGUUCUUAUGCUGAUCAAAUAAUGGACACCAUACAGAAGCACUUCCAAAAUGAGGAAAUCCAGGUACUUCCACUUGCUCGAAAGUUAUUCACCCCCCAGAGGCAAAGAGAACUUCUGUAUCAGAGCUUGUGUGUGAUGCCACUGAAAUUGAUAGAACGUGUAUUGCCAUGGUUGGUUGGAUCACUUGGUGAAGAAGAAGCAAAGUGCUUCCUUAAAAAUAUGCAUAUGGCAGCCCCAGCUGCAGAUGCUGCACUUGUUACACUUUUUUCGGGGUGGGCCUGCAAAGGUAGUAAAAGGAACGUCUGCUUAUCCUCGAGUGCAAUUGGUUGCUGUCCAGCAAGACUGCCGAGUGCGGAAGACAAUGAACUGCCUGUUAGCAGAUGCACGUUUUGCUUAUCUAAUGGGGAUAAAUCUGCUAUUGCCCAACAGGACAAUGAAAUUCGGCCAUCCAAGCGGGGUAACAUGACAUCAAGAGAAGAGGUUGGUAAACUUGAAGACGAGAGAGGAGAUAGCUCCCAGAGGAUAUCCUGUGGUACCAUAUCCUGUUGUGUCCCGGGUUUAGGAGUUAAUAAUGGUCACCUGGUAGUAGGCUCUCUGGCUGCUGCUAAAUCUCUACGUUCUUUAUCUCUUAGUCCCGCUGCACCCUCCCUGAACUCAAGUCUUUUCAAUUGGGAGACUGAGAUAAGCGUUUCGGAUAGUGGGUCUACUACUAGGCCUAUUGAUAACAUAUUUAAAUUUCAUAAAGCAAUUCGCAAAGACUUGGAGUACUUGGAUGCUGAAUCUGGAAAACUGAGUGAAUGUAACGAGUCAUUUAUCAGGCAGUUCAGUGGUCGAUUUCGACUUUUAUGGGGAUUAUAUAAGGCUCAUAGUAAUGCUGAGGAUGACAUAGUAUUUCCAGCGUUGGAGUCUAAAGAAGCUCUUCACAAUGUUAGCCACUCUUAUACUUUGGAUCACAAGCAAGAAGAGAUGCUUUUUGAGGACAUAUCUUCUGCUUUAUCUGAGCUUUCCCAACUUCGCGGAGCAUUGAGUAGAUCUAGCACUGCUCAAGAUACACUUGGAUUUGCCUCCAAUGGCGGGGACUCUAGUGAUGAUUUAAGGAAGUACCACGAGCUUGCGACCAAGCUUCAGGGAAUGUGCAAAUCCAUAAGAGUAACUCUUGAUCAGCAUGUUUUCCGUGAGGAACUGGAGCUAUGGCCUCUGUUUGACAAACAUUUUUCUGUGGAGGACCAGGAUAAAAUUGUUGGCCGCAUAAUUGGUACUACUGGAGCAGAGGUACUUCAGUCUAUGCUACCAUGGGUAACAUCUGCACUUACCCAAGAGGAACAGAAUAAGAUGAUGGACACAUGGAAGAAUGCAACCAAAAAUACUAUGUUUAGUGAAUGGCUUAAUGAAUGGUGGGAAAGUGCUCCUCCCUCUCAACAAUGUUUAACAUCAGAGACAAGUUCGGCACAAGGCCAUGAUAUAUGCGAUGCUCUUGACUCCAGUGAUCAAACUUUCAAGCCUGGGUGGAAAGAUAUUUUCAGAAUGAAUCAGAAUGAACUUGAAUCAGAGAUAAGAAAGGUCUCUCGUGAUUCGAGCCUUGAUCCAAGAAGAAAAGAUUAUUUGAUUCAAAAUCUGAUGACCAGUCGCUGGAUAGCUGCUCAACAGAAGUCUCCUCAUGGAAGUUCUGGUGAAUCUUCUAAUGGGGAUGGCCUGCUAGCAUGCUCUCCGUCAUACCGGGAUCCUGAAAAAAAGAUCUUUGGCUGUGAACAUUACAAAAGGAAUUGCAAACUUCGAGCUGCCUGCUGCGGGAAAUUGUUCGCAUGCAGGUUCUGUCACGACAAAGUUAGUGAUCACUCCAUGGAUAGGAAAAUGACGUCUGAAAUGAUGUGUAUGCUCUGCUGUAAGAUUCAACCUGUUGGACCGUCUUGCACAACACCUUCAUGCCAUGGACUUUCAAUGGCCCACUAUUACUGUAACAUCUGCAAGUUUUUCGAUGAUGAGAGGAGUGUCUAUCAUUGCCCUUUCUGCAACUUGUGUCGUGUGGGAAAGGGACUUGGUUCAGACUUCUUCCAUUGCAUGACUUGCAAUUGCUGCCUUAGUGUGAAGCUGAUUGACCAUAAAUGUCGUGAGAAAGGUUUGGAAACAAAUUGCCCAAUCUGUUGCGAUUUCCUCUUCACAUCAAGUGCAUCGGUUAGAGCUCUUCCAUGUGGCCAUUAUAUGCAUUCAGCUUGCUUCCAGGCUUAUACAUGCAGCAACUAUAUCUGUCCAAUUUGCAGCAAGUCUUUGGGAGAUAUGGCGGUCUAUUUUGGAAUGCUUGAUGCUCUGCUGGCUUCUGAACAGUUGCCCGAAGAAUAUAGGGAUCGUUGUCAGGACAUACUUUGCAACGACUGUGGUAGAAAAGGAACUGCACGGUUCCAUUGGCUUUACCACAAGUGUGGAUCCUGUGGAUCAUACAAUACCCGCGUCAUCAAAAUUGGUCUGUCUGAUUCCAACUGUCCAAAAUGACAUAGCUGCAACAUUCAGUGUUCCUUUGGGUAUAUUGUAAAUAUUUUUGCGGUGGUACAUAUAAAACUUCUUUAUUCUUUUUUUCUCCCUCUGCUCCACAACUUUGUAGUGAAAAAGGGGUGGUGGGAAGGUUAAACAGAGUUGAGGUUAAAUGAGUUGCUAUGGUUAGCGAUUCUAAGAUUCCUAUAAUUUUUGGCCAAAGAAGGCGGGUUUCCGAUCCCAUUGCAGUUCUGCAAUGAUUGCUUUAUCAGAGUUUACAGAAUUCAGUAUAGAGUAUGCGAAUCCAAUGAGGGCGUUUACUGCUUCAUGCCAUGCCCUUUUGGUGUUUCUUUCUUGUA